UUCUGGGAAUGGGAGUUCAACACCGCUCCGGAACUGGCUCCGCGGGGUCCUGGCGCCCGCCAUUAAAGGCCGGGAUUUCCCUCCAAAGAGCACGAGAUUUUGUGUGGGAAGGCGGGAGUGCUGCUGCGAGCAGUGCCCCGAGGACUCUGUACCGGGAGCCAUCGCUUCCUCAGAUUGUGUGGCAGGCCAAGAGCAAGGAUUGGGGAGGGGGCCCAAGGGUGGGUGACGCGCGACUGAGCUGAGGAGACCCGGAAGGCUUCCUGGAGGCGGUGGCUUCGAGCAGAACUUUAAGCGCAGACUUAUUCAUAGAACUAGUAUUGAUUUGUUGGCGCCUAGGAUAUGCUAGGCUUUCAAGGCCUCGCAGCCUCCGGCUCCCGCUCUAAGGGAGCGCCUGCUUGCCAGAGUGCGAUCCUAAGCACAGAGGGGUUCGCGUCCCCGGCCUUGGCCCAGGGCCCGGCGUUGGCACCCACACGCGGGCGGUGACCCUCGCCUCCCGGUCGGGUUCAGAGCCACAGCAGGGCAACGCUGCGGUAGUCCCCCGCAGGCGCUGGGCCGUUGUUCCCGCCCAGCUUCGGCCUGGCGCCGCCGGCGGGGGCGCCGGGACUACAUCUCCCAGCAUGCCGCGGCGGCCGCGAGCGAGGCGAGGCUGGACAGCCCUCAGCGCCUUUUUCCAGGAGACCAACAUCCCCUACAGCCACCACCACCACCAGAUGAUGUGCACUCCCGCCAACACCCCUGCCACGCCCCCCAACUUCCCUGAUGCCCUCACCAUGUUCUCUCGUCUCAAGGCCUCUGAGAGCUUCCACGGUGGCGGCAGUGGCAGCCCGAUGGCCACAACAGCCACCUCGCCUCCACCGCACUUCCCCCAUGCUGCCACCGGCAGCUUCUCGGCACCCAGCUGGCCAACUGCGGCCUCGCCCCCAGGGGGCCCACAGCAUCACCAGCCACAGCCACCCCUGUGGACUCCAGCACCCCCUUCCCCAGCUUCAGACUGGCCACCCCUGGCUCCCCAACAAGCUGCCUCAGAACCAAGGGGCCACCCUGCCAUGGAGGCAGAGAGAUAAGAGAGGCCCCUCCCCCCUCCCGGAGGCCAGGACCCCGUGGGGCGGGGGAGUGGACAUCUCCACGGGCCCCUUCACCCCUUCUCUGUCUGCACCCCUGCUCCCCAGAGACCUGGAGGGAAGAGACAGGACUCUAGCCAGGCAGGGUCAUGUCUUGUGCCAGCAUGCACCGCUGUACACACGCAAGUUCAUGGACACACAGGCACGUGGCACCCAGCGCACUUGGAUUUGGUUCAAAAUGGUUUGGGUGUCUGGUGGACAGAACUUCAGAGGCCGAACAGCCUUCCCUCAAGGACUCACCUGCCCUGCCCUGCCCCAGAUUAGGGGGUACUACGGGAAUCACCCUGUGGAGACAAUUGGCUCCUGACUUGGAGCUCCGUGGGGGCCGGCAGGCCCAGAUCCCCACCCUCGGGGGCACAGAGCUCUCCGCAUGUGUGCGUGUAGCUGUGUCUGUGUAUUUAUACGUACAUUGCUCUUCAAAAAGCAACCUAGCACAUAGGGCAGCUGGACUUUGCAUGUUAGAGUGAGCCCCAGACCCCUCACCCACCGCCAUCCCCAGGGCUCUGCCUCACCUGCCCGUUCAGCAGCCAGUGUUGCUGUCCCUGCCAACAAAAGGAUCAUGGGAAACUCCAGGACCCUUCCAACCCACCCCCAGCACCUGUCUGCUGGGGCUGCCUGCAUGUCUUCCCCCAGAGCCCGGGGUACCCAUGUCCAUUUCUUUUCCCCCUUUUAACAAAAGAGAAGAAAGAAUUCCAAACCAC